CUGUAUUUAGGCACCGUCAUCCGCCCCUGGCAUCUGUUAUAUGCACGAACUUCCUACUUCCUUCCCUUCUCCCUUUGUCGUGUCUCUUAUUUCCUUCCACCCAAAAAGCAAAUCGCGACAAACCCAAAGCUUUUGUGGGACGAGUGUCUCACACCCGAGAAGCAUUGCCCUAGGUAACCUACAUAUUGUAGUGUUUGACGAAAGGUCAACCACCUAUACCUUACAGUAGGUUUUGGAAUUUGGAUCAACAUUUGAGGUUUUGUCUUUUAAUAAGAGGGCACACCACGAGACAACAUUGAAGACAAGACAAGACAAGACAACACUCCCGUCGCCCGAGUCGUGAUCGACGUCCAGCAAUGUCCUCCAGCUUGUACGUCACGCCUUACAAUGGCACCACCGGCGAGGCGGACGCCGGUUACUCCACCGAUGUCACGGAUCUAAAUCAGUUCUACGAGGGUGGUGACUUCGCCUGGAUCAUGACGUGCUCCGCGCUCGUCCUGCUCAUGAUUCCCGGCGUCGGCUUCUUCUACUCGGGCCUCGCCCGGCGCAAGUCGGCGCUGUCGCUGAUCAUGCUAGCCAUGCUCUCCAUCGCCGUCGUCGACUUCCAGUGGUUUUUCUGGGGCUACAGCUUGACCUUCUCCCACACUGGCAGCGCCUUCAUCGGCGAUCUGUCCAACUUCGGCCUCAUGAAGACCCUCGCCCAGCCCUCCGUCGGCAGCACCAAGGUCCCCGAUCUGCUCUUCUGCUUGUACCAGGGAAUGUUCGCCGCUAUUACACCAGCUCUUGCGAUCGGCGCCGCGGUUGACCGCGCCCGUCUGCUACCUUGCAUCGUCUUUAUGUUCGUCUGGGCCACCAUAGUGUACGACCCGAUCGCGUACUGGACCUGGAACGCCAACGGCUGGUCGUUCAAGAUGGGAGGCCUCGACUUCGCCGGUGGCACUCCUGUGCACAUCUCGUCCGGUGCCGCCGCGCUCGCCUUCUCCGUCAUGAUCGGCAAGCGAUCCGGCUACGCCAAGUCCGCCGGCCUGCCUUACCGCCCUCACAACGUCACCCACAUCGUCCUCGGCACCGUCUUCCUGUGGGUCGGCUGGUUCGGCUUCAACGGCGGCUCUGCGCUCGCCUCCAACAUGCGCGCCGUCAUGGCUUGCAUCGUCACGCACCUCGCUGCUUCCGUCGGCGGCAUCACCUGGGUCUUGCUCGACUACCGUCUGGAGAAGAAGUGGUCCGUGGUUGGUUUCUGCUCCGGCGCUAUUGCGGGUCUCGUGGCCAUCACGCCCGCCGCUGGUUACGUCACCCCCUGGGCUGCCGUCAUCUUCGGUAUCGUUGGUAGCAUCGGUUGCAACUUUGCCACUAAGCUCAAGUUUGUGAUGGGUGUUGAUGAGGCUUUGGAUAUCUUCGCUGUCCACGGUAUUGGUGGUAUUAUCGGUAACUUGUUGACCGGCAUUUUCGCAGCUGAUUACAUCGCAGCGCUUGAUGGCUUCACCGUCAUCCCCGGUGGCUGGAUCAACCAGAACUAUAUCCAACUAGGAUACCAGAUCGCCGACUGCGUCGCAGGUUUCUCAUACUCGUUCGUGAUGACAUGUGUCAUCCUGUUCCUGCUAAACCUGGUCCCGGGCCUGAGCCUACGUGUUUCAGCCGAGAACGAGGAGAUCGGCGUCGACGACGACCAACUGGGCGAAUUUGCCUACGACUAUGUCGAGCUACAGCGCCACACCACCGAUGUCCUCACUGGCACCUCCGAGUUGGCAACCCCGGGUACUGGCCGUGCAGGCUCGUCCAAGAGCAGUGAGGGUCCCGAGAAGAUGGUAUAGAUAUUGGAAGCAUGCAUGCAUGUGGUGGCGUUGUCUAUAAAAAGAAAAUGGAGUCGAGUCGAGUCGAGUCAACAACAUAACAUACCAUACCAUUCAAGUUCGCCUAGUCGAGCCGUCAUUUGAAGAGGAAAACCAGAAAAAAUACCACGCCUGUCUUGUCUUUAGGAGAUGGCGUCGAAAUCAAGACAUCGUAUAAGAUGACACAUUACAUAAUAGUCGUUGUUGCAAAGGUUUCUGUGUCAAUACAAUUGUUCUUAGAUUUGAUUGUUGAAGUGGAGUCAUUAUACCCCUUUUUUUGUAUGAACAGCAUAAAGAAAUCAUCGUUUCUAAGUUUACGACCAGACGUAGACUGGGUACCGAGUAUCUAGUGCCUAGUUGAUAGAAGAUGAAGUAUGCUAUAAACAAGACCUUUUAUUCUAGUGAUCAAAUCUUGGGUCCAAGUAGCUAUGGAUUCAUCGUUUAGGUAUGUCAAGUUCGAUGGCAGUUAGGUAGAUGGACUCGUAAUAGCACUCAGUGAC